CGGGCCCACUUUACGUUAGCUAACGUAACGUUAUAUUAGAGGCUUCGCUUCAGCUACUAAACUGUUGAGGGCCAAACCUCUCGGCGGUCUGUUCCGGAAGCCUCCUCCCGAUGGACGUGAGCAUCGCCGUGACGCUGAUCCGGGGCCAGAUGGGCGCCGUGGUGGAGCGCGCCGUGAACGUCGCCGUGGAGACGGUGCUGGCCGAGAUGCUCAAGGUGGUCGGCGUGAAGUUCGAGGAGGUGAAGGCGCAGGUGGCGCUGAUGAAGCGGGAGCUGGGCGCGCUGCAGCGGGAGAAGGUCCAGAGGGAGAAGGAGAGCGACAACGUCCGGGCCAAGCUGCGCUACACGGAGCUGAAGCUCAAGUACUACCGGCAGGGGGUGGAGGAGGAGCUUCAGCAGAGGAGCUCCGCCUCCGCCCUGGUCCGCCUCCGCCCGCCCGCCUUCCCGCAGGCGCAGAGAGACGGCGUCUCCUCCACCGAGGCCUCCGCCUCCCGCGCGCUGCGGACCGGGACCUCCGGCGACCCAGAAUGCACCUCUUCGCACGGCACGGGCAGGCAUCCAAUCAGAGUGCGUGGUCAGUCGGACGUGGGCGUGGCCAGCUUCGACGCGCCCGACUUCCUGCUGCCCGCCUCGCGCUCGAUGAACACGUCGACGGAAUCUCUGGACAGCAGCGCAGCUCUGUUCUGCCCGGCGGAGCGAGACCCGACUCAGAUCCAGGACCGGCAGGCCGACUGCAAGUGGACGGUCGUUCUGCCGCCGCACGCCACGGGCCUCCAGAACCACCCGGACCCGGACCUCUCCGCCCAGGCCGACAGCUCCACGCUGCCCUCCUCCGGCCCUCAGGUGAAGCAGGAGCAGCAGCAGGAGGAGGUGGAGGAGGUGGAGGAGGUGAUCUGUAUCAAGGAGGAGCCGGAGGAGGUGCAGGAGGUGAUGGCCACGCUGCUGCUGGACUGCCAGAUGCAGCAGCAGGGCUACCUGCAGGAGGCUGAGGCUCAGCGGGUCGUGACGGAGAGUUUAGGACUUCCAUCGGGCCGGAACCACACCGCCGGACCACACAGCUACCUGAUGCCCCAGCCGGGGGGCUCGCUCCAGUCCCUGGUGGCCCUCCCGGGGCUCCUCCCCUUCCCCCGCCCGGCGGUGCGUCCCUGGUCCAAAGACCUGAGUCUGUACGAGGAGUACAAGCUGCGGCGCAACGAGCUGAGGAGGCGGAGCAUCAACCGGCGCCGCGAGCUGGAGAAGACGCUGCCGCAGCCGCUGCUGGCCAACCUGAAGGUGCGAGAGCGUCGAGAGAAGACCCGGCUGAGGGUGGCCCGGUGGCGGGCCAAGAGGAAGCUGCAGGACGGAACCAACCCGGAGCACGUCGGUCCUCACUUUACGGCUCCGCUUCAGCCUCUAGGUGGCGCUGCAGGUCUUUCUCCCUCCGGCUUCCCCAUCGUUGGCCAGCACCAGCAGCUCAGAGUGACCUGUGCCUCCAGCCUGCAGCUGGCGCCGCCGAGCGGCUUCCUCAGCAACACGUCGACGGCCUCGCCCUUCAUCCUCCCCUCCUCCUCCUCCUCUCUGCUCAUGAGAGGCCACAGCAUGGCGCCGCAUCAGCACACGGUGACCUCCUCCUCUUCCUCUUCCUCCUCCUCCUCCUCCUCCGUGCAGCAGAGCGUCUCUCUGACGGACGCCGAUGUCAGACAAUGAGACGUUUCACUCUCCUGAGAUUUAAAGGGCCGGCGACGCUGAAGCUUCAUUCAUAACGCUGACAAUCACCUUUUUGUUUUUCAUUAGAUAUUUUGGAUGCUGUGCAUCUUCUUCUUCUUUUAUUUUUAUUCAUCCCGGCUAUUUGUUCACAGUUGCUAAUAUAUACGCUAUUAUUGUUGUUCUAUUGAGCGGACUAUUUGUAUUUUAUUCUCGGGGUGGUGCGAUCCAAACCAGAUGAAUGACUUCAAUUUAAUAAUUUAUCAAUAAUACUAUAAUUUAGUAUCUUUAGGGUGAUGUAAUGAUGUUUACCUCCCACUGAACUCCAGCACAGCAACAACCUGCAUGCUACACCUUCACUUCGUUAUUGAGAUAUACACACAUUAUAUAUAUAUAAUUAUAUAUAUAUAUACACACACAUUAUAUGUGUGUGUAUAUAUGUAUAUACACGUGUGUGUGUGUGUAUAUAUGUAUAUACACACAUGUGUAUAAAUGUAUGUGUGUGUGUGUCAAUGUUUCAAUCCACGAUGUCCAUCAGGUCUGAUCUUUGUCUCCAUGUCAAUAAAGUAAAAGCCUUUGAUGUGAA